CAAUAACAAUCUCCAUUUCGGAUCUCGAAAAUUCAGCAACCCCCUCGUCUAAGAACACACGCGUACCAAGAACUCACAAUGGCGGUGAAUUCGAUGUUCGCGGCGCUGCUUUUGCUACUGGUGGUACUUCCUCCUCCACAAAGGGCGGCAGCUGCCACUCACAACGUCGGUGAUUCUCUUGGCUGGACCAUCCCUCCCACUUCUACUACUUACUCCGAUUGGGCCUCAACUAAAACGUUUCUCGUCGGCGACAAUCUCUUUUUCAACUUCACCACCGGACAGCACGACGUGACGGAAGUGACAAAGGCCGAAUUAGACUCCUGCAGCGGCACCAACCCCAUCUCCGUCAUGAGAAACGGCCCGGCGAGUAUUCCUCUCUCGACGGCCGGCACCCGUCACUUCAUCUGCUCAAUCCCCACACACUGUAGCUUCGGCCAGAAGCUCACCGUCACCGUCCGAUCACAAUCUUCUUCCCCGCCGACCACCGCUCCUUCACCCUCCCCGAAAUCCAGCACUCCCGUUUCUCCAACGCCGUCGCCACACACCGCCAGGCCACCGAAAACCUCUCCUCCAACCACUACCCCUCCGCCGGAAACCGCCCCGACGCCGACGUCGUCGAACAUUGCUCCUUCUACUCCGACGCCAACCGCUGCCCCUCCGCCGCCUAACUCCGCCAACUCCGUAGGCGGUUUUGGCCUGUUUUUCUCCGCCGGGUUGGCGAUUGUGGUUGGUUUGAUUUACUAGAGACGAUGGGCACUGUAGAAAGUUAGUUGGAUUCGAUUUGUGUGUACUUUAUUUAAUUUUCAUUUUACUUUGGGAUUCUGGUUUUUGAUAUUCUUCCCAAUUGGGAAUUUAAAUAAAGUUGUUUUUUUUGUUCUUCAUUUCAAAAGCUUGAUUGACAAUGGAUACAACCUUUGAUGUUUA